AUGUGGUCGCAUCACAACCAUAUUGGCUACUGCGAUCAGACUGCCUUUCUCUUCAACAAGUCGGUGAGAGAAAACAUCGUGGUCUGUUCACCAUUUAACCCGGCAAGGUAUGCCGAAGUUAUCAAAGCGACCGCUCUCAUUUACGACUUUGCUACGCUCCCUCAAGGAGAUGGCACUAACGUUGGAUCUGACGGAAUCACGCUCUUUGGUGGCCAGAAGCAAUGUGUUUCUCUCGCUCGAGCUUUGUAUCUACAAGCUGAUCUGUUUAUCCUGGAUGACGUAUUUAGCGGAUUAGAUGCCGAGACUGCGGAGCAUGUAUUCAACCAAGUCUUUGGACCAAACGGCCUGCUGCGAAGACGGCGGACUACCGUGGUAUUAUGCACUCAUAGCAUGCUGCACCUUCCCGCAGCGGACCACAUCAUUGCACUGGGAGACGGCACCGUCGUCGCGCAAACAGUUGGACAACUUGCUGUUAUUCCCACGUCAUCAGCAUACCUUGCAAUAAGCUAUCCGUUCCUUGUUGUACUGCUGUAUGCUGUGCAGCGAUUCUACCUACGCACUUCGCGCCAGAUCCGGCAGCUUGACCUCGAGGCUAAGAGUCCCUUGUACACACAUUUUCUCGACACGGUCAGGGGCAUUGCGACACUGCGGGCGUUCGGCUUCAUGCACGACGAGAUUGAGAAUAACUCUCGUCUAAUCGUGUCUAGCCAACGGCCAUCUUAUUUGCUGCCCAUGAUCGAAGAGUGGCUGAAUUGCGUGCUCAAUGUUGUAGUCAUAGUCAUGGCAGUUUUGCUAACAACGCUUGCCGUGCGGUUGCACUCCAAGUCUGGGUUUGCCGGCGCUUCUCUCUACAGCCUCUUGACUCUCGGAGAGAACCUUUCAGCCAUCGUCAUCUACUGGACUAAGCUAGAAUACUAA